AUGGGUAGUGUGAUCCAGGAAGAGAAGGAGGCGGCGGGCAGCAGGUCAGCAGCACAGCAACCCUGGGUAUUGUAGUUCGUGGAGGAAGAAGGAGCACACUCGGCACCAGAGAAUCAUGGGUAAUAUAGUCCAGGCGGAGGAGAGGAGGAGCUAGAGGACACGCCCACUCGGCCGCAACAGCACCCUGGGUAUUGAAGUCCAGGAAUGGGGGGGAGAAGCCAGGGAAGAUGGGACACUCCGGCCCCCCACGUCUGAGCCCCAGGGAUCUCUGGGUAAUACUGUCUGUUUCCUCUCUUACUGUGUUCUAUUAUAAUAAUAAUAAUAAUAAUAAUAAUAAUAAUAAUAUGUCCCUGAUGCUUUUAUCCAAAGUAGUGUGUUAUCUGUUUCUUUGUCUCCAGUCCAGCAGGUGUCAGUAGAGGGCUCCUCCCAGCAGUACGAGGGUCACCUCGCCAAUGGAGAGGUCGGAGGUCAGGCUGGGCGUGGCAGCAGGGCGGGUGGUGGUGCCUGACCUCCAGGUGAAACUUUUCCACCCCCCUGAGCUUAGAGGGUCAGAGGUCAGGGUUCAGCGGGGCGCUGGUUGCUAGGCGACACCAGGCUGAGUAUAGACGGAGGCGUCAGACUGUGUGAGCUACAUCAGCACCUCUCCAUCCUCCUCUGACCCCCCCUCUCUGCCCCCCACACAUCUCCACGGCAACCGCAGCGCUAGUAACCCGCGACGACAUCAGAGCCAGAGGAGGAAGGCGGGUCUUGGAGCCCUCAGGUUCCUGCGACAGAAUUCCUUCUCCCAGAAUGCUGUGUUCUGCCUGCUGAGUGGCCGGCCGCUGGUGGUGAUUGGUGGAGAGGAGGGUUCCGUGAGGAGGACGGUCGCUGCCCUCUCCCUCUACCUGCCCUCACCUGGUCGCUAUGGAGACGCUGUGCAGCCCUGCCUGGCCACGCCUCUUCAGCUGACAGACCUGCUCACCUGGAGACUCAUCGGAAUCCACAGGUAAAAACAUUAAAACCCUGAUGUAUCAUGGGUAAAAUGUGACUGACUGAGCUACAGAUGAUAUGGAGUAGUGAUUUUAUAAUGAUCAGUCAUGACUUUAUAAUCUGCUGUAAUGUUGAACCUGCCCCAAAAAUCUGUCUCAAUGUUCUAGAACACCAUAUAAAUCAAUAAAUAACUACCGUCUUACCCCCACAAUCCCCCUCUCUCUCUCCCAGGACGUCUCCUACAGCUCCCAGCAUGCUUCACUCUCUGGCUCGUUACAGACGCUACCUGGCUGUGCUGGACCUGGACCAGCGGACCCUGAGAAGCCCCACCUACCACGGACACCUCAUUGGCCGGCUGGCCGACCCCCGCACUCUGAUAGGCUAG